GUGGGGAUGGGAAAAUACGAGUUCACAGACCCAGGACAUCCUAAAGAGAUGUUGAAGGAGUUGAACCAACAGCGCAGAGCGAAAGAGUUUACAGACCUGAAAAUAAUUGUUGAAGGCAAAGAGUUUGAAGUCCACCAAAAUGUUCUAGCUUCCUGCAGCCUUUAUUUCAAGGACCUGGUGAAAAGGUCGUCAGGGGAGACGAGGAGCGGGGAGAUGCUAGAGCUGCAGAUGAGCGACAUUGGAGCUGAGGUGUUGGAGCUGUUGCUGGAGUUUGUCUACACGGGCUCUCUGGUCAUAGACUCCGCUAACGCCAAGACACUGCUCGAGGCCGCCAACAAGUUCCAAUUCAACACCUUCUGCAAAGUCGGUGUGUCCUUCCUAGAGAAACAGCUAACAGCAGGGAACUGUCUAGGUGUGCUGGGCAUGGCUGAGGCUAUGCGAUGUACAGAGCUCCACAACAUGGCCAAAGCCUUUGCACUCCAGAACUUCCCUGAGGCGGCGGGUCAGGAGGAGAUUCUGAAUGUGUCUAAGGAGGACCUGGUGGCCUACCUGUCAAAUGACAGCCUCAAUACCAAGACUGAGGAACUGGUCUACGAGACUGCAAUCAAUUGGAUCAAACGAGACCCCACCUCCAGAGUACAGCAUGUAUCAGAGUUAUUAGCAGUGGUGCGUCUUCCCUUCAUCCACCCGUCCUACCUGCUGAACGUUGUGGACAACGAGGAGUUAAUAAAGACGUCGGAAGCGUGUCGAGACCUGGUCAACGAGGCCAAGAGAUAUCACAUGUUACCUCACGCCAGACAGGAGAUGCAGACACCUAGGACACGACCACGGCUAUCUGCAGGUGUGGCGGAGGUGAUAGUGCUAAUCGGUGGUCGCCAGGCCAUCGGUAUGAACCAGCGGUCUCUGACGGCGGUGACAUGUUUUAACCCUCAGAACAGUAAGUGGUACCCACUGGCCAGCCUGCCCUUCUACGACAGAGAGUUAUUCAGCGUCAUCUCAGCAGGGGACAACAUCUACCUGUCAGGUGGGACAGAGUCGGGUGUGACGGUAACUGAUGUGUGGUGCUACAUGUCUCUAUUGGACAACUGGAACCUGGUGUCUCGUAUGACGGUGCCUCGCUGCAGACACAACAGUCUGGUGUACGACGGGAAACUCUAUACCAUUGGAGGACUGGGCGUGUCAGGAAACCUGAACCAUGUAGAGAGGUACGACACCAUAACCAACCAGUGGGAGACUGUGUCUCCGCUCCCCAAGCCGGUGCACUCUGCAGCAGCCACAGUGUGCGGGGGGAAGGUGUAUGUGUUUGGAGGGGUGAACGAGGCGGGCCGAUCGGCGGGAGUACUGCAGUCAUACGUCCCUCAGACCAACUCCUGGAGCUUCAUAGAGUCACCCAUGAUAGAUAAUAAGUAUGCCCCAGCGGUCACUCUGAAUGGGCUCAUCUUUAUUCUGGGAGGAGCCUAUGCCCGGGCCAUCACCAUCUAUGACCCAGACAAAGGAAACAUCAAAGCCGGACCCAACAUGAACCACUCACGACAGUUCUGCAGUGCGGUGAUCCUGGAUGGUAAGAUCUACGCAACGGGGGGCAUUGUGAGCAGCGAGGGUCCUGCCCUGGGCAACAUGGAGAUCUUUGACCCCCACACCAACAACUGGACGCUCCUCCAGUCGUUGCCCUGCCCUCUCUUCAGACACGGCUGUGUCAUCAUCAAGAAGUACAUCCAGAGUGGCUGAGAUCGGUUCCGUGAUGAAUGAGUUUCCUGAAAGCUUUGUAGCC